CCUACUCGGCUUCUAAAGUCAUCUGGGUCAUCAUUUGAUAGUACCUCAAGUCCCUACCCAGCCAUUGCAUUUUCAAACUUGUCUGGGAUUGGUCAUAAUUACUCCAGUCAAGCUGUAAAGCCUGACACGCCAGGACAAGCUGUCAAGCCUGACACCACAAGACCAUUGGCUCCAUCGAAAGCACUCACCAUGACUGCAACUGUCUCCUCCACUGUUGUCACCUCCAAAUCUAACAGCAUUGCGCCUACUUUAAAUAAAUCCAUGUCGUCUCAUUUACUUCAGUCCUCAUCCAUCGCCACAAUCAAACAACAGGACAUUUUCAAAAAAAAUGUUUCAUCACAGUCUGCGCCUGUGAUUUCAAACUACGUCAAUCUUUCAGAUAGCAAGUCAUCCCCAGUGAUAAUUGUACCAUCGGAAAAUUCAGGCAUACCUCUACUGCGGAUCUCCAGCCAAAAUGCCUACACUUCACCACCUAUUGUGCAAGUAUUUGUAUUUAAUUCAAUAGCCCCAAAAACUAAUUCAACCACGGCCACCAUUGGUCAAGUUCCCACUCUGGUGACAAAACCAAUGGAUAUGUUCCAGCCGAUUGCACCUGCCCCUGUAUCUGCUGCAGAUGCUGAAUCAAAACAGGAUGAGUCGUCUCUUAAUGAAUUGCGUAGGAGGCGUACCCACCAGUGUAAUAUUCCAGGAUGUGGGAAAACUUAUUUCAAAAGCUCGCAUCUUAAGGCUCAUGUUAGAACACAUACAGGUAAUUUUUCAGUUAUUUUAAUUGUAGGCUCAACACAUGGCUUCUAA